GUCGUCUACUUGACUGAGAAUCAGCUGAUCCGUUCUGGACGUAUUCGUGAUUCAAUACUGCGGGAUUUGGUGCCUGAAUAGCACGGCAAAUAUAUCAGUAGAUUCAGCGUUUUACCCAAGAAUUACUACAGGCAAUUGGUGCUUUGUGUUUAUUAACCGUUUUAACACUAGAAAUUUGACAUUAUCUAUCAAGAACCAUGGCGCUAAGCGACGCAGAUGUCCAGAAACAGAUCAAGCACAUGAUGGCCUUCAUUGAGCAGGAGGCCAAUGAAAAGGCGGAGGAAAUUGAUGCCAAGGCCGAGGAAGAGUUCAACAUCGAGAAGGGACGUCUGGUCCAAACGCAGCGCCUAAAGAUCAUGGAAUACUAUGAGAAGAAGGAGAAGCAGAUCGAGCAACAGAAGAAAAUUCAGAUGUCCAACCUGAUGAAUCAGGCCCGCCUCAAGGUCCUGAAGGCUCGGGAUGACAUGAUCUCAGACUUACUGAAUGAGGCUCGUCAACGACUUGGUAAUGUGGCAAAAGACCCUGCCAGGUACCCAGCCCUGAUGGAGGGACUUUUGCUCCAGGGCUUCUACCAGCUACUCGAGCCCAAAGUGACCAUCCGGUGCCGUAAGCAAGAUGUGGCUAUGGUACAGGCUGCUGUGCAGAAAAACAUCCCCAUCUACAAAAAUGCGGUGAAGAACAACAUUGAGGUCCGCAUUGAUCAGGAUCACUUCCUCUCUCCGGAAAUCUCUGGAGGUAUUGAAAUCUACAAUGCAGAUGGGAAAAUCAAAGUCUCCAACACCCUGGACAGCAGGCUUGAUCUUAUGGCCCAGCAGAUGAUGCCGGAGAUCAGGGUGUCGCUCUUUGGCCCCAACCAGAACCGGAAGUUCAUGGAUUAAUGUGUGGUACUGCCCAACAGAGCAGAGCAAAUGACCGCAUACCAAGGGCAACGAGUCCAGUAUUUGGUGUUGUGUUGUUUGUUUUUGAUUUUUUUUAUUAUUAUUAUUUUGGCUGUGUGAAAGACCUCAUCCUCAUGUCUGUCUGUGUAUGUAUAUAAAUGUUGAUGUUCCUUAUGAAACAGAAGAAAAGACCAAAUGUGUUUUAGUGCUACUUCUACUGUUUUUCUUCUGGUCUGUCCACUUCUGCUCAGUGAUCAGCUUAUGUUUACACAACUCAUCAGUCCAGUGAACAGUGACCAUUAGACACAGAGACACGCUUAUUUUGCUGUUGAGCUUCUGUAACUGUUGCCUGGAUACCUCCUAUUCAGACACACUCACAGCAGUGCAGAAUCCCAGUGCUUCAAUUGGUCAUAUUGAGAUGAGUACAUUGCAAACCUUUCUUGCCCUUGCUGUAGCCACAUACACAUAGCACUUGAGCAAGGCAUAGAAAAAAACCUUACAAUUAGGUCUAGGGCAACGGAAACAAGAACCAUCUUGCACAGAGAAACUAAUUCUCUUGUAUCAGUUCCCUAAUUGCAGCAUAGAUGAUUUUACACCCCCAAAGCAUGUACACUGUGCAGAUUGUGUUCAAUAGCGGUAAGAUGCAUUGUAGAGAAUAGUUGGUUAUUUCUUUGUUAUGGAGAUAAGAUGAAGAGCAUUACAUUUUCUUGGUCAGAUUUUUAAAUUGCUUCCACUACACACUUAACUGCGUCUUCAGUCCAACUGGAUGGUUCUGUCAUUCUCUGUAAUACAAGGUAUGUGCUGUGUCUCAAAAUUGGGUAUGCAUAUUCAUAUAUUUAAGGCUGUGAUGUUGUUUUAUUUUUCUUGGUCUAAAUGCUUCCGAGUGGAAAGGAUUAUAUUGAUGUUCAAGAAAUAUAUAUAAUUAAGAGUAAAA